AUGGUCACACCGCGUUGUUUGAGCGGUCAUGGAGUGUCUGUACUCUUAAAAUUGGCAUCCCGGGUUGGGUCAGAAAACAUCGUCUUAUUUCUUUCAUAUGCCAUUCACUUUGUACACAAAUUUUUACCAUCGACAAACAACAUCAUCGUCAAAAUGGCGACAAGAAGGAUACCUUUGUCGUCAUUUUUGCCUGGUAGUAGCAGUCAGCACGGUGCCCACAGUGAACCGAAUCGUGAGCUGUUUGAGGCAUGUAGAAAUGGAGAUUUGACCAGAGUAAAAAAGUUUGUCUCUUCAAGUAACAUAAAUGCAAGGGAUACUGCUGGAAGAAAGAGUUCCCCUCUUCAUUUCGCAGCAGGAUUUGGACGCAAAGAUGUAGUGGAACACCUCUUGCAGAGUGGUGCUAAUGUUCAUUCCCGAGAUGAUGGAGGCUUGAUACCGCUUCAUAACGCAUGCUCCUUUGGGCAUGCAGAGGUCGUAGUGAUCCUCCUGAGGAAUGGUGCUGAUGCCAAUGCCAGGGAUAACUGGAAUUAUACUCCUCUCCAUGAAGCUGCAAUUAAAGGCAAAAUCGAUGUGUGCAUUGUUUUGCUACAGCACGGUGCUGAUCCCAAUAUACGCAACACCGAUGGGAAGACACCUCUAGAUUUAGCUGAUCCUCCAGCGAGGGCUGUAUUAACAGGAGACUAUAAGAAAGAUGAACUUUUGGAAGCAGCGCGAAGUGGAAACGAAGACAAGCUGAUGUCUCUGUUGACGCCGUUGAAUGUUAACUGCCAUGCGUGUGAUGGGAGGAGGUCAACACCUUUGCAUCUUGCUGCUGGUUAUAACAGGAUCUCCAUAGUUCAGAUGUUACUACAACAGGGUGCUGACGUACAUGCCAAAGACAAAGGGGGUUUGGUUCCCUUGCACAAUGCCUGUUCCUACGGCCACUUUGAAGUAACCCAGCUGUUGAUCAAGCAUGGUGCCAGUGUGAACGCGGUAGACCUGUGGCAGUUCAGCCCUCUCCAUGAAGCAGCUUCAAAAUCAAGGGUUGAAGUAUGUUCCUUCUUGAUGAGUAAAGGAGCUGAUCCAUUCUUGAUGAACUGCCAUUCUAAGAGUGCCGUUGAUGCCGCUCCUACUAGAGAACUCAAAGACACUCUGCAGUAUGAGUUUCGAGGACACCAAGUGCUCGAAGCAUGUAGGCAGGCUGAUCUGGCCAAGGUUAAGAAGCAAUUAACUGCCGACGUGGUCAACUUCAUGCAUCCGCACACUAUGGACCGUCCUUUGCAUUGCGCAUCUGGAUCGGUGUUUCCCAAACGCAGACAGGUCGUCGACCUCCUCAUCAGGAAAGGAGCCAAUCUUCUUGAUAAGAAUAGCGAUGGUUUAUCACCUCUUCACACGGCAACCACUAAAUCCCACCUUGAUGUAAUGGAAAUCUUACUAAAGCAUGAUGCUAAGGUGAAUUCAACGGAUAACCUUGGUCAGACACCUCUCCAUCAUGCUGCUCGUGAUGAUUUGACCGAAGCCUGCAAGCUACUCUUGUCCUACGGGGCCGAUACAGGUGCAUUGUGCAGGCAAGGACUUUCCCCUAGUCAGCUGGCUUCAGAAAAUAUCCAAAAAAUUCUGCAAGCCGAGGAUCAGAGGAUGUCGAUGUCAGAUGAAACUAUGCAAUUCUUAGAAGCUGCCAAAGCUGGUGAUCUUGAUAAAAUGAAGACCAUGGUGGAUAGCAGUAAACAUCUCGUCAAUUGCUGUGAUAAAGAAGGCAGGCAUUCAACUCCACUUCAUUUUGCAGCGGGCUAUAACAGGGUAGCAGUCGUCGAGUAUCUCCUAAGUAAUGGUGCUUAUGUUCAUGCAAAAGACAAAGGUGGCCUGGUACCUCUGCAUAAUGCCUGUUCAUUUGGGCAUUAUGAGGUCACUGAGCUACUCUUGAAGAGAGGUGCCCUCGUCAACGCUGCUGACCUAUGGAAGUUUACUCCUCUUCACGAAGCCGCCGCCAAGGGAAAAUAUGACAUCUGCAAACUUCUCCUUCAGCAUGGGGCCGAUGUGAACAAGAAGAACCGUGAUGGUCAUACCCCUCUCAACCUGGUAAAGGAUAGCGAUCAGGAUAUCCAAGAUUUGCUCAAGGGUGAUGCCGCCCUCUUGGAUGCCGCAAAGAAAGGUUGUCUAGCGAGGGUUCAGAAGCUGGUCUCGUCAGACAAUAUUAACUGUAGGGAUUCACAAGGAAGGAAUUCCACGCCGUUACACCUUGCCGCUGGUUAUAACAAUGUUGAGGUAGCUGAAUAUUUAUUAGAGCAUGGUGCUGAUGUCAACGCUCGCGAUAAAGGUGGCCUUAUCCCUCUUCACAAUGCAUCGUCAUAUGGGCACCUGGAUAUAGCAGCCCUAUUGAUCAAGCAUAAAACCUGUGUGAAUGCCGUUGAUCGAUGGAACUUCACUCCGCUUCAUGAAGCUGCUCAGAAAGGCAGGACCCAGCUUUGUGCUCUGCUGCUUGCUCAUGGAGCUGAUCCAACCAUGAAGAACCAGGAGGGACAAACUCCUUUAGACCUCUCAACAGCGGAUGACGUCCGAUCGUUACUCCUGGACGCCCUUCCACCUACCGCAAUCAAGUCAUCCGGCCCUACCACCACGCCCACCACACCCAGCCCACAAACUCAUAACCCUGGUAUCAGGACUGCCGGCAUGGGGGUCAGUGCCCCACCCCCCACGACAAACUUUAGACCGACGUCGGCUCCGGCCGUCGGGGCUUCAUCCAUGGGUAAUACUGGCCUCCCGGCUCUGACGGGAAGCAGUAGCGCAAUGGCUGGUGGUGCGAGCAGUAAGGUGCCAGGUGCCAGUGGUACCAUCGGCGGUGUCGGUAAGGGAAUCGGCGGUGCUGUGGGUGGUAUGGCACCCGUUGGACAGGCAGUUCAGGGAGACGGUGCAAUACAGUUUGAACGAUUAGCCAUAGAAGGCAACAAUCCUAUGGACAUUAGUGUUGGCUCAUUCCUCAGCAAUCUUCAGUUGGAUCACCUGAGGGAUAUCUUUGAAAAGGAGCAGAUCACGAUGGAUGUCUUAGUUGAGAUGGGACACGAGGAGCUGAAGGAGAUAGGAAUCAAUGCCUUCGGACAUCGUCAUAAGAUCAUCAAGGGAUUAGAAAGAUUAAUAGGUGGACAGGGCACUCCCAGUCUACAUCUGACCAUCCACAACAACCAAGGGUCCACCCUCAUCGAUAUGCAACCCGAGAUGAAGGAAUAUCAAUCGGUUGCUGACGAGAUGCAGACGACGAUUCGCGAGCAUCGGGAUAACGGCCAAGCCGGUGGCAUCUUCAACCGGUAUAACAUUAUCAAGAUAGAGAAAGUGAGAAAUAAGAAGCUGUGGGAUCGAUACGAACAUCGCAGGAAAGAGGUGGCCGAUGAGAACCAUAAUCAUGAUAACGAGAGAAUGCUAUUCCAUGGAUCACCCUUCAUCAAUGCCAUCGUGAAUAAAGGGUUCGAUGAGCGCCAUGCCUACAUCGGGGGCAUGUUCGGAGCUGGUAUCUACUUUGCUGAGGACUCGUCCAAGAGCAACCAGUAUGUGUAUGGUAUCGGAGGAGGGACGGGCUGCCCCGCCCACAAAGAUAGAUCAUGCUAUGUAUGCCACAGACAAUUAUUAUUCUGCAGAGUGACCUUAGGGAAGGCUUUUCUUCAAUUCUCAGCGAUGAAGAUGGCUCAUGCUCCACCCGGCCAUCAUUCUGUUAUUGGUAGACCUAGUGCAGGAGGAUUAGCAUAUGCAGAGUAUGUUAUAUACAGGGGUGAACAGGCAUUUCCAGAGUACCUUAUCACAUUCCAGAUCGUCAAACCAGACAGCACAGAGAAAUGAUGCAGGAACACCUUCUCACAUGCCACCGAAUGAACUUAGCGAAACGGAAUAUACAGACGUAUGUUGUAAAGCUACACAGAAACAAGACUGCAUGAACGUUCUUACAAUGGCUCAGAAAGAAAAAAAAACUGAUGCAGGAAGAUCGCCAUUAAAAGCAACACGUAAAGGAUGACACAAAGAAAUGGCAUCUGAAGAAUGCUCUUUUGAGCAAAGCACAGAGGCCCGUAUUCUGUUAGCAGGUUUAACUUAAACUCAGAUUUAAAGUUGUGGUUUAAGU